AAGGUAUUAAAAAAUGUAACCCUAUAUAUUUCCCUCUCUUGCUAUCGAGUCCGUCUCAGCUGCUUGCUUACAAACCAGGGACUAGGCCUCUUAGUUCCAGGUGGUAAAGAACCUGAAGAUAAUGGCUUACAGUUUAAUCUGUUGAUGCUAGACAAUAGCGUCCCCCAUCUGAUGCUCUUGAAUCAGAGUUGGAAGAAGGAUAUGUGUCAUCUUCUUUAGAUUAAUUUGAUGAAUCUGUUUACCUAUACAAAACUGAAAAAUGGUUUUAUCUUCUCAUUUCUUGACCCCUACGGAUUGGCAUGUAACUUUACUGAGUUCAAACCUCCUCUGUGGCAAUCCAUUGUGGUUGCAUUCCAAUGUCAGUUGCAAGUACCAAAGAAAAGAAAAUUUCGAAACUCGUUAUACUUUGACUCCUUGUUCCUCUCUCAAGAUUGUCCGUAGUCGUUCGUUAGAUCGGCAUGCUGUAAAACAUAACAAAACUCGAUUUGUGCAAAAGCUGAUAAUCCUACUGCUAUCUAAACCAAAGCAUUAUAUACCACUACACAUUCUUUCCAAAUGCCGUGGAUAUCUUUCCCUUCCCAGACCUCGCUCUCUCCUUUCAAUGAUUCAUCGUUAUCCUUCCAUAUUUGAACUUUUUUCAAUCCCCUAUCCACCCACACCACUCAAUGCAACAAAGGUAUACCCCCAACUUUGUGUUCGUCUAACCCCAGCAGCAGCAUCUCUUGCUAAACAGGACUCUGAUCUCAAAUUGGUGAUCUCUAACACCUUGGCUGAAAAGCUCCAGAAAUUACUUAUGCUUUCUUCACACCACAGGAUUCUUUUAUCAAAGCUGGUGCACCUUGCUCCUGAUCUAAGCAUGCCCCCAAAUUUUAGGUCCCGUCUCUGUAAUGAUUAUCCAGAAAAAUUUAGGACUGUUGAUACCUCAUAUGGCCGUGCACUGGAGCUUGUCUCCUGGGACCCAGAGUUGGCAAAGCCUUUACCUUGCCUUCAAGUUCCUUCACGUGAGCUAAUAGUGGAUAGGCCAUUAAAAUUCAACUUGUUGAGACUAAGAAAGGGGCUGAAUUUGAAAAGAGCCCACCAGGAAUUUCUAAUUAAGUUCAGGGAUUUGCCAGAUGUUUGCCCUUACAAAACUCCUGCAAGUGAAUUGGCUAAGGAGUCUCUUGAGUCAGAGAAACGAGCUUGUGCUGUGGUGCGAGAGGUAUUGGGGAUGAUGAUUGAGAAGAGGACUUUAAUCGACCACUUGACACAUUUCAGAAAAGAUUUUGGGCUACCAAAUAAACUGAGAGGAAUGAUUGUGAGGCAUCCAGAGUUAUUUUAUGUGAGUUUGAAGGGUCAGAGAGACUCUGUAUUCCUUGUGGAGGGGUUUGAUGAGAAGGGUGUUCUUGUGAAGAAGGAUGAGACUUUGGCAAUAAAAAAUCAAUGGAUGAAGCUUUUGAUGGAAGGGAAAAGGAUGAGACAGGAGAAGAAGAAGGCUCGAAAAUAUGACAGUAAAUAUGGAAAUGAGCAUAAAAAUGAUAAUCAUGAUCAUGAGAUGGAAACUGACUUUGAUGAUGAUUACGAUGAUGGUUUUGAGAGUUUAUUUCAGUAUGAGGAUUUAGAUUUUGAGGAUGAGAGGAGUGACCUUCCAAGCAAUUGGUUGAAUGGAGACUUUUGGAUUACAAAUAAUGUAGAUAUUAUUAAUGAUGCAGAUGGAGGACGUAUAGAACCUUGGUGAUGGUUACUUUUAAUUUGUUUCAUGCAUUUGGAAGGUUCAUCAAAAUAUUUCUAUAAUUAAUGUAAACGAAGUGUCUCUUCAGAAUUCAGAAAAAGAACUUUGUGAAUAUAAAGGUUGGCCCGGAAAGCUCAAAGGAUAUUUUGAGCCUGAUGAUCUAUAGGAAGGGCUGAAGCUACUGCCUCUAAUCUCAUCUAUUCGUGCACGAGAAAGGUCCCCAUGAAUUAGUCCUUUGCUGAUAUACCAUCAUACCUUCUCAAGCUGUAUAAUUCGAACCUGCUUGUCAUGUUCUUUUGUCCCCUCAAAAUGUACAAUUAUUGCGAGACCUUUCUAUGAAGUCUGGACAAAACUUCUUCCUAAUCAAGAGGGACGUAUGAGAUAUAAGUUCUAACUCCUACGUAUGUAUACCAUUAGAUAAAUUAAGACAAGAAAUUCAUGUUAAUGAAUAAUGUAAAUAUUCAGAUAUAGUUUGGUACCUCAUUCUACCCCUUGGUCGCUUGCAGAGAGUGUAUUCAGAAUUUGUUCUCCUUGGAUAUCUGUUAAUAAGACAUUUUCUGGUUACUCAUUUACAG